AUGCGGCGCGAGCCCACCCGCCUGCAGCGCCCACACCGCCCACGCCGGCGCUGCUGCGUCGCCUGGCCGCGGCGCUGCUCUGCCGCUGCCGCUCGUCCGGCGCGUGACGUCACACUCGCCGUUCUUUUCCCGUUAUGUAUAAUUGUUUGUGAGCUCGGCCCGGCGCGGCUGGGCCCGGCGCCCGGUGACGCGACCCGAUGUGAUGUACAAAUAUAG